AUGAACUCAGAGACUGAGCAGCAACUUCCCAAGAUCAACUUUUCCGGCCUGGCCGUCGGCACACCGGAAUGGAUUGCAGUGCGAGUAGAGGUCAUGAAUGCACUCCAUAUUUAUGGUAGCUUUGAGGCAGUGUAUGAUCCGCUGCAGGAUCCGAAGUUGAGGGAGAAGGUAUUCAAGAAAGGCAUCACCGAGUUGUUUGACCUGCCCGUCGAUGUCAAGUCUCGCUCCGCAAGCUAUAGCAAUAAGUUAUAUGUUCCAAGCGCGCAGGGUAUCACUGUCUAUGAAGGAAACGUUGAGAGUAUUCGAAGUUUCACUAGUGUCAUGUGGCCUCAAGGAAACCCUAACUUCUGGAUGAUAAUGGAGGAUUUGGGAGUUGAGGACAAGUAUUAUGAUGAGAUGAACCAGAAGACAAAGUAUAUAUUGAAUGCAUCUUGUUACAAAAGCGAGGAGAAGGAGGAUAAAGAUGAACAGUACAUGGGAGCGCACACUGAUCCCAAUUUCAUCACCAUCAUUGGGCAAGAUGAAGUUGAUGGUCUUGAGGUUUUGAUCAAAACUGGGACAAAGGGUUUCAUUAUACAAACUCCUCCAGAGUUAAUUGAUGCGACACACCCGCCAUUAUAUAAGCCAUCUGAUUUUAAUGACUAUUUUCAAUUUUACAGCUCUGAAAUGAGUUUCAAGACUACAACACCACUUAAGACCUUUUGUGGCAUCGAUGAUCUUGUUUGA